AUGAGCGAAGAACCGUACAAAUCUUAUUCUAUAUGUGAAUUGGCCUCUCUUUUUGCUGGUGGAGUUACGCCAAAUACAUCUAGGUGCAAUCGUGUGUUCUAUUUUUUCAAAAGAUCAUUGGUAAACAGUAAAGAGUCAUUGAAGCGACUGGAUGAACUGAAAACAUUACUUUCAAGUAAAGGAUUGAAUGUAUACGAAUAUGAAGAUUACAAAUCUAUUGGAUUUAUUAUGAUGAAUGAGAUAAUCAAGUUGAAACAGACUUUGACAUUAAAAUUGCCUAAUUCUGAUGAUAUAUUGAAUAAUGAACAAAACUCAGAAUAUAUUUCAUCAAGGCAGUUGAAUGAAUUAGAGGAUAUAUUAGACCAAUUCUGUUUAUCUGCUUUCACAGAUAAAAGUGACACAGAGAUUUCAAUGGAUUCUAUACUAGAUUUGUAUAAACUUGAAGAUUGGAGUUCUAAACUUAAAAGAAGUAAUCAAAGAUUUAGACAUAUUAAUGAACACACACAACGCAGUUUAUCAGAUAAUCGAAUUCUUUUAUUAACUGGUCAACCUGGUGUAGGAAAAACCCGGUUUUUAAUGAAUUGGUUAAAUAAACGAAAACUGAAUGGUUUUACCACAUUGAACUCUGGUGAUAAUAAAUUCACUACACAGAUAACUAUUAAAACUCCCAGAGAAAUUGAUCAUAGCUCAUAUAAAUUAAAAAAUGAAUCAAGUAUUAUUGUUAUUGAACAAUUUAUAGAAGCAGAUAAAUGUAAUUCAGAUAUAUGGCAAUUAUUAGAUGAUUUAAAUUCUAAGGCGAGAAAGGCAAGAUGUAAAGGUGAAGACUUUACUCCUAAUUUGGGAACUACACUGUCUGCGUUAACCAGUGAACAAGAAGAUUUUGAAAGAGCACGUCAACUUCGACAACUUGGUUCUCGUUUCUUUGCUUCAUUGAAUCCAAAUGCAUCAUAUCACAAAGGAUCACAUCCACCAGUAGUAGUUAUUAUAGAUGGUAUGGAGUGCCUUGAAGAUCCGUUAGCCAAAACACCUGAAGGAGUUAAAUGUGUUGACUGGUUAUUCAGUUGUCAUGAAAAGAAUGCAGAAAUUAAUCUAUCUGACUACGGAGUAAUAAAAGGCAGUGGACUGCCUAUUGUUCCCAGUCGAACUCGUUUCAUUCUUACCUGUUCUUCAUCACACUAUAUAAGUCAUCAGUUAACUAAAUGUCCACUUAUCACUACUAUAGAAUAUCCAGCGAAUUUAAAGCAUAAAGAAGCAUUAUUACAUGCUAAGCCAGAACCAACGCCAAUUGGAAGUCUUGAAGAGGCUUCAGAAACUUCGAAAGAAGAAACAGAAAAAGAAAACGCUUACCAGUCAACAAGCUUAAUUUCAUUAUUUCCUAAUCUAUUGAAUAAUAGUGUAUAUAAUAAUUAUGGAGAUGCAAUGAAAGUCAGGAAUCAAAAGAAAUCGAUCUCACCAAUUUCUAACAAUACAGAAAUGAUAAAAACACGUUUAAUGAAUCCUAUUCUUAUGAAAUUAUAUGAAAAUUGGUGUCUAAGACAUAAUGCUCUUGCACGGAAUUUAUUUAUUCAUGAACUACAAGCAAUUCUAUACGAUGCUAAUUCAUCGUCUAGUCCAAAGGAAAUGUCAAAUACUGACGAUUAUAUUGAACGUUUAUUAGCCACUCAAUCAGUUAGACAAUUAAUCUUAUGCCUAUUGCAUAGAUGGUCAAUUGAAUUUGAAUGUUAUAUAAUAAAUGUAGAAGAAGACAUGCAAUUGUCAUCCGCAUCUUCGCCAUCUUCAUCGUCGUUAUCAGUGACCGUAUUAGGCUCAAAUAUAAAAGGUGAUAUUUCUCAUAAUAGUAAUAAUAAUGAUGAACAGGAGGACAAGAAGUCGAGUGAAGCACAGAAUAUCGACUUUAAGUCUUUAACACGAAAAGCUAUAACACAACUAUCCAAAGAUUGGACUAUUGGUUGGGUUGGAAUUGUAUUCCAUACAAUAUUAGCUGCUUCUAAAUUUACCUGGUCUAAAGAAGAUAUGUAUUCCCAUGAAGAUGAAUCGUAUGGUUUCAAAUUUCAAGAUAUUUUAUAUAUUCUAAAUCAUAUCAAUUUAUCAGAGACAUGGGUCAAUCAGUGUCUCCUGCCAUCGACAGUAUUAGCUUUACAAUCACCUCUGCUAGGCUUUUAUUGUUUACGUCUUUUUCAUCGUGCUGGUGUAUUUUCAUCGAAAACAGGAGGUGCAAUCUUGCGUUCAACUAAUCUUCAUGGCUAUCUGAAAUUUAAUCAUGAUAUAAUACAAUCGGUGAUGCGACAAAUACUUGCACGUGAUAAUAGUGCUACCGGUGUUCAACUUCCACUGCCUACUACAGCAUAUAAAUGGUGUAAAGAUACUACUGAUACUACUGAUAAUACCUUAUCAAGUAUACUGAUGAAAAAUUAUCCAGAUAAAUCACUGCCUACAUCUAGUCAAUCUCUUGCAUCACAUUCACUCUCUCUUAUUGAAGAUAAUCUAUACAAAUCUAAGCCUAAGAUAACUUUUAAAAAAAUUGGACAUAAAAUUCAAGCUAUUCUUUCAUUAACAGAAUCUGGUAAUACUGGAUUAUAUCGGAGUGGCGAAAAGAAAUCUACCAGUCUAAGGAUUAAUAACAAUGACUAUAAUAAUGAUGACGAUGAUGCUGCUAAUGACGAUAAAGAUCCUCUGUUAGUGCCAGUUAUACGCGGACGUGUAGUUUCAACAUUUAAACCUACUUUACAGAUGAUACCUGAUAUCUUUCAAAUUCUACUCAAAUCUAAUGAGUUAUUGUCAAGUAUGAAUUCAACAAAUCAACCAAUAAGUGUUUAUCGUGCAUACACUCGUCAUUUGAUUUUAUCAGUUGAAGUAUUGAAUAAGCUUAUCAGGCAAUCGAAUCGUUGUUUAACGCAUAACUUUAUAUCACGAUUAAUAAGUACACAAAUUGAAAUGUUAUCUAAAGUGAAUCAUUUAAUUGCUGUUAAAAUAUUAUUAAAUAAUAUAGAAUAUAUUCUACUUCAUCCAUGGUUUCUUCUGUGUUAUGCUUUUCCAACAUAUGAAACUGAGAUAUUUACUGGUUCUAUUCUAAAUGCACACCUGUUAGUUAGAUUUUGGCAAUUUAUUCAACAAUCAUUACAGUUGAUUCAUAAAAAGUCGAAUGAAAAUACUGACUCUGUAUUAUUAUCACCAUCAUGUAAUGAUACUACUGAUAUUACUAAUUCAGUAACCACAACAGCAGCUACAAUUAAAUCGACUACAACAGGUAAUCCUAAUAGUAAUAACAGUAAUAUAAGUGAAAAUACAAGUAAAUUGAAUGGAUUAGCUCAAUCUGCUCUUUAUUAUUUGCAGCAUAAAGUUAACGCUAAAGAAAAUACCGAAUUCCUCAAUCUUCCAAGGAUGUCUUCAUUCGGUUAUCAUUUCAUUAUUUUCUAUUGGACGCAUAAAUGCGAUAUUAGGCAAAUGGAACUGGAUGUUGCACCAAAUAUGUACAGUAAUUUCGCUCAAUUUAAUGAAUUACCGGGUGAAAAUAAUCUAGAAUCAAUUAUAUGGAUUCUUGGUGAAUUAAUUUAUUUCAUGGGUAAUGAAAAUGAUUCAAUUAAGAUAUUAUCUCAACUAGCUGAACACUUUAUACAACAUGAAACUCUGAGUAAAGCUGAUGUAAUACAAUUAAGUUAUUUAGGAUUAAGCAUUGUAAAGAAGCUUCGUUAUCUAAGAUGUGAGGUGAAUGAUGAAUCUAUUGAUGAUAAAAUAAUGCUGUAUCAAUCACUUACGCAUGAAAUUGAAUCAAAAAUUAUGGAAUGGAAGAAAGAAUCAUCAACACUUUUUGAUACAGGAGAAUGCGCUGUCGUAGAACAGAGAAUUUCUACAGCUUUAGCCUACUUAAAAUUGUAUCAAUUGGAAUCGAUUAUUGGUGUUACAAAAAGCAGUAAUGAACAAUUGAAUUUAUUUGAAUAUCAAAUUAAUCAGUCAAUAGAAAGUGUAAAACAGUUCAGUGAUCAAUAUGUUGAUAAGCUGUUAUCAGCAAUGAGUAAAUAUCUUUUAGCUAAAUUAAGGCUUAUACAAAUGAAAAUGAAUGAAUACGAAUUUCUGCUGCAACAAGCUAUCAGCGAAUGUAUCUCCGAUCAGGGAGAAUAUCAUCCACAAUUGGCUGAAUGGUUAAUGAUCUUAGCACUGUCAUUACAGAAUUCAAUUGAUGACAGCGAAUCAAAAGAAGCAAAAAUUACAUUUGGAAGAAGACGAGCACAAGCAUGUCUUCGAUGGGCGCUUGACAUAAUGACUUACAAUCAAGAAAUUCGAAUACAACCAGCUAUUCAUCCACCAAUGUCAAUACUUUCAAAUCCUAAAAAAUCAAUUUAUCUACAAUUACACAGAAGUGUAUUAUUACGUCUGCCACGAUAUCUGAUUACACCACAGAUACAAUCGGCUUCAUCAGUAUCAAUAUCAGUACCAACGUCGAUAAAGUUAUCCUCAGUAUCAUUAAUAAGUAGUAUAUCGAAAACACUGAAAAGUAAUGACACAUUUAAACGAAAAUUAAAUCAAUCAAGUGAAUUUUUAAACAAUAGCUUGUCGAAUUACAACACUGCGCAUCAUAAUACCGAUAUAUAUCAAACACUUCCAGCAGAAAUAUGCUUACACUUAGCUGUGUGUUUGUUAAAUGAAAGACGUCAUAUUGGCCUACAAGAAGCGACUACACGUGCUGCGUAUGUUUUACAUGAAAGAAUAUUAUUUCUAGGCAUCGAACAUCCGGCAACUAUUCAGAUAUCUAGAAUAUUGGAUCAUAUAGAACAUUAUCUUACUAAAGGUCAAAUGAUUACAAAAAGCAUAGAUGAAAGUGAAUCAAGUUGGAUGGAAUCAUCUUCUGUAAGGCUGAAACUUUCUACUGGUCGUCUAGCACAAAAUACGCUUCCUUCAAAUCGAUCACCGACGACAUCAUACAGACAAAUUUCAUCUGCACAGAAAAUUUCAAAUAAAUUUGCUAAAUUCCCUUCAAGUACUUCUUUACUCAGUGAGAAAUCGUCAAGAUUACUUUCUUCACUGUCAGAUACAACCAGGACUAAUACACCGUCUAGCCGAUUAGAUUACCGACAAAGUAGAACAAAAGAUACACUGAAAUCAUCAAAAUAUGAAUUAUCGCUGAGACAUUUAGGUAAAAUACAUCGAAUUCUAUCGCGUAGAAUUAAUCGAACAAGUAAUAUGAAAAGCUAUACAGAAAACAGCAUUUAUCGUAGACAACCAGGACAUGUGUUUUCAGUUUAA